AUGAUUCAUUUGGUUUCUGAACAUAUUUGGAGCGAAGAUUAUUUGGUACGGUCAUUCUAUUUGAAGAAUUUAAAGACCAACGAAACUCGCACCAUAACACAGUUCCACUAUUUGACUUGGCCAUUGAAGGGUGUACCGGCGACAACAAAAGCGCUUCUGGAAUUCCGAAGGAAAGUGAACAAAUCGUAUCGAGGAAAAGCGGCACCAAUUAUUGUACACUGUACGGAUGGUAUCGGAAGAACUGGAGCCUACUGCUUAUUGGACAUUGUACUUAACAGAAUCACCAAAGGUCUGAAAGAGCUGAAUAUCGCUGGAUCAUUGGAGCAUAUCAGAGAUCAACGGCGCGGAAUGGUGGAUUCCAUUGAGCAGUAUAAAUUGGUGUUUAUAUGUGUUGCUGAAGAAGUAACGGCAAUGUUGAAGGCUUUACCACGUUAG